CCGCACGGGCCAUGGGGACGGCGCUGGCGGCGCGGCUCGGCCUGGGGCUCCUGCUCCUCGCGCUCCUCGUCCCCACGCGGACUUACUGCGACCGCAAUGGAACAAGUCCAACACCUUCAAGCAAUUCCUCAGCAGGUUCCACUUCUCUGUCAGCUGUCGUAAAUUCACUGAACAAUACCGCCCUUCAGGGACAUGGAAAUUCCCCUCACUCAGCCACAAGCCUCCUUUUCCUUCUCUCCAUUUCUCUCCUGUAUCUUUGCUGUUAAGAGACUCUGGCAGGGAAGCAGCUCCCACUCCCCACCCCGGUUCCCCAGCCACCCGAGACGGCUCCAUCUCGAGCCCAGCAUGAAUCCGCCUCAGCCCAAACUCCGCAUCAAGCCGCCUUGGUUCCACUCCAUCCUCCGAUUAGUACCAGGCAAGCACUCAGUAUUCCCACCUUCCGAAGCUGAGCAGCAAGAAGAGCCUUUGGCUGACCACGGCACGGAGGUAAAUGGCGAGCUCUCCCCGCAGACCACCUGGAAUUGCAAAUACAGGGUGGAAGGAAGCUAAGAGAGACGGUCUUGACAACCCCGGUCUAAAGCUGAGAAGAAGCCCAGUAACGAUGGAUGAUAAAACUCCACAAAAAAAAAAAAAAAAAAAACCCUAAAGAGUUUGCCUAUCAUUUAGAGAGGUUGACUUGAAGAGGUUGUAUUUUCCGUCUAAAUUCAUUAAAGUCACCAAGUUCAUAGAAGCACUAGAAAGAGCACCAAAGCUCAUACUGCUCUGUUUGUCACACAGCCCAUAUAUAUGGUUACGACUUACCCGUGGUAGGAAUGUAUGCAAAAGAAACUUAAGCAACACUGAAAAAGGUUUCUUCUAGAUUUUUUUUUUUUUGUAUGAUGCUGUUGCAAAGAUAAAACAGCAAAUUCUUUUUUUUUAAGACUUCUCUCAUUUAACUUCUAAGUCCUAAUCAAAUGCCUAGUCAAGUAAGUCUUAAAAUGGUAAGAAAUCAACCAUUUUCAUAAGAGCUGGUUUAUUUACUGUGGGGGUUUGGAUUUGACAUUUUACUUCAAUAGUUUCUGUAUUGAACCAUACGUGCCAGAGGAAGGAGGUGCGCAAGUGUUGGGGAAAGUACCAGGAGCUUUUGGUAAGCGAAGCUCACAUCAAAUAAAGUCAAGAGAUAAACAUCUCCUCUCCCCACUAUUUCUCCUCCCAAAUUCCAGAAGCUGCAUAAGCCCUUUAAGGAUUUAUGGAAUCUCUUGAGUAAUGUGCUAGUGUUGUGGGGUUUUUUUUCUCUCCCCCUCCACAAAGUGAAUAACUUACUGUUUGUUUUGAAGAGUUUUAAUUGUGAUGGUUUACUUUAAACACUGGCUAAUACUGGUGGUAGGGAGGAGGAAUGGGGAGAGGAGAGAAAAAUGCCAAAAUAAAAGAAAUUAAGUGAUCAGGUGUUUGGACUGUAAAGACUAGGGUCUUAAUUUAAUCACUCAAUUGAAAAGUUACCUAUAUAAAUACUACUUUAAAAAAGAUUUUUCUGAAUUCUGAAUGAAAAAGAUUGUUCUGAAUCAAAAUUACUACACUUGCACAGAUAAAACUUUAGCAUCUGGUACUUCCUCUAAGCAAGAGCUUUGAGGACUACCUUGUUCAACUACCUUGAUUAUGAUACCUUGUCAGAAAUAAUUAAAAAAUAAUGUUGAUAUGAUCAAAUGUGAGUCUAUAUGAUCAUACCAUUCUCCAUGUAGAUAUAUAUAUCUCAUUAUAAAAUGUCAGACAUAAGUGAUUGCUCUUAAUUUUUUGUUUUUAAUCCAAAUCUGCCUUUCAGUGACAUUUCCACCACCCCAGAAUCUCCUCUAUUAAUAGCAAACUAACACAAAUCCAUGUCUGUGAGUAUGUAUGGACACUUCCUUAUGCUUAUCUUUUGUAUCCAGUACAAUGUUAAUGAUUGUAUUUUUGUGUUUGU